AUGGAUUCAACAGAAGCCUCCUCAGUGUCCUCUGAUUUUAAGCCGUAUGAUGAUGGCCCUUGUGCUAUCGAGAAUAUUCAUAACAAGGCUCAUGACGUUUUCCCAGUCCCAUUUUCUGGCAUUAAAUUACUUGUCAACAAAGGUCUGUCACCUCACUUUCAAGUCAGUCACUCACUUACACUAAGCAGUGGAGAUAAUGCAGGUUAUCGUUUUGGUGCUACGUAUGCUGGUCACAAGAAAGUCUCGGAGAAUGAGGCGUUUCCUGUCUUGAUGGGCGAGCUCCAUCCCAGUGGUCAACUUCAGGCGCAAAUAGUUGACCAGAUCACUCCUCUUUGCCGCGUGCGUUACCUUGCUCAAAUUCAAAAAUGCGCAAUGGCAGGUCAGCAACUUUCCGCUGAACUCCGUAAUUCGAAGUGGCAGGCUGGAAUUACGCUAAUAAAUCCCGACCUGAAUCGCGGCCAGAUGAUGCUGGCAACCGACACGAUGCGCAAAAUGUCUGAUAGGUUUUAUGCAGGUUCAAUGUUUUUCUACCACCUUUCCCCCCAGUUACCUGGCGGUCAUGACGGCGUAUUCAGCCUGGGUGGCAAAUUCGUUGCUAAUUUUUGGCAGUUUGCCGCAACCGCCCGACCCCUCCAGUUGGCUUUUCAUUCUAGCUUUCACAUGCAAGUCAAUGAAAGUCUUCAGCUGGCCGCGGAGCUGGAGUCCAAUUAUCAACAGCAAACGAGCAUCGCCAGUAUCGGUUACCAGUAUGACAUUCCCAAGUCAAACGUUUCCUUCAAAGCACAAAUUGAUUCAAAUUGGAAUAUUUCAGCAAUGCUUGAGAAACGUCUGAUUCCUUUUCCUUUCACAUUUACGAUUAGUGCGUUGGGGAAUCAUGCGGCUUCGAAGUAUGAAGUGGGCGUUGGCCUGACUGUCGGCUAA